AUGUUGUCCAAAGUGUCCGCUCUCCCCUUCCUUCUACCCGUCGUACUCGCCUGCCUAGGCUACGAAGGCGGCAUCCCCACUCCGACGGCCCAUCACUCCAACAGCGCUGUCAUUGAGAUUGCCGCCGGAGAGGUCUUUGACGCCGGGUGGGCCAAGUACGACCGCGGAUCCGGCGCCUGCAAGGGGAGCACGGAGGGCGACUGGCGCGGUGCCGUCUUCUAUCUGCACGCCGGGGCGACCCUGCGGAACGUGAUUAUUGGGAAGGACCAAGCGGAGGGGGUGCACUGCGAUGGACCGUGCACUCUAGAAUAUGUGUGGUUUGAGGAUGUCUGCGAAGAUGCUAUCAGUAUCAAAAACGACAAAGCGGGCCAGGAAACGUGGAUAAUCGGAGGCGGUGCCUACCACGCCAGCGACAAGGUCGUGCAGCACAAUGGCUGUGGGACAGUCAACAUCAUCAAUUUCUACGUCGAAGAUUACGGCAAAGUGUAUCGCUCAUGUGGUAACUGCAAAAGCCAAUGUAAGAGAAAUGUAUACGUUGAAGGGACGACAGCCCGCGAUGGGGGUGAGGUCGUCGGCAUCAAUGCCAACUACGGCGAUACUGCGACUUUGAAGAACGUGUGCACUGAUGCUAGUCAUCCAUGUGUCAUGUACGAUGGGUGUGCCGGUGGAUGCGAGCCUUCCAAGGUUGGGUAUUGCUCUGGAUAG